AUUUAUAGGAUCAAUCAAGUGUGUUUUGCUAUUAUCUCAUGCUGAUGAUUUUGAAUAGUAAUCUAUUUUGUAGUUGAUUAUUCACUUCAAUGAAAAGCUUUAGAUGCGUUCUAAGUGUAGUUAGAUUUUGGUUAGAUUGGAUACCAUGGGAAAAGGCUUUGUAGAUGUUACCAAAUCGCCGCUUGCACUAAACUACUGCGUUACUUUUGAGUAGCCACUCCUCUAAUACCAAGAGGUUUAGUAGAAUGUUCGGCUAAUAUAACUGAGAUAUGUCUAAACGCCCAGUGCGCUCACAUACGAUUUCUAAAUCAUGCAAAAUACAACCUAAUACUCAGGUUACACUUGAACGGGUAAUAGGUUUUACGUUGAAUAGUAACUGCGCAGUUGCAUUUUCUGAUAAAACUGGCCUUAUCGCUCAUGCUGCUGGAUGUGUGACGGUUCUUCAUUCAUUUGAAAAUGAACGACAACAAUUUAUACAAAGUCAAAGUCGUAAAGCUAUCACAGCAGUGGAUUUUAGUUCAGAUGGAAAAUAUUUAGCCACGGGAGAGUCAGGUCAUCAACCAAUGGUUCGACUAUGGAAUGUGUCAGAUCAUUGUCAACUAUCUGAAUUCGGUGGUCAUCAUUUUCGUGUAGCAGCCGUACGUUUUAGCCCGAACGAUCAAUAUUUAGUUAGUGUUGGCAGUCAAGAAGAUCAUACUCUAUAUGUAUGGGAUAGACACAGUGGACAAAGAGUAGCCAGUGCAAAAGUUACAAGUCGGAUCUAUGGAGUUGCUUUCAGUCCAACGGGACAAUUUUUUGUUACAGUUGGUGUACGUUAUGUUCGUUUUUGGUAUUUAGAAAAUAAACGUAAUAAAAUUCGUGAAACUCUACCACUUCAUGGAAGAAAUGCUAUUUUAGGUGAUAUGUUCAACAGUGUGUUUACUGAUGUAUGCUGUGUUAAUUCCUCCUCGUCGUCGUCUUCUUCUUCGCCUCCUUUAUCAUCAUCCUGUACUUUGUCUUCCUCUAAUCCCGGUUCUACUCAAAUUCAUUCUGCUAAAUUGAAAUCUUCAACAGGAGGCGAAGGAAAGGAUCGUGAAGAUGUAACAAAUAAUAACAGUGGUAAAGUUGCAUCAGCAUCAUCAUCAUCGUCUCCAGGUAUCGCCUCUACAACAACAACAUCAACCACAACAUCUACUACUUUGACAUUAGUCGUAAAUACAGCUGGUCGUUUAAUACAAUUUAAUGGUCAAAGAGAUUUAGACAAAUGGGUUGAUUUAAAAACUUCUAGAGCAAACUGUAUUUCAACAAGUGGUUCAUGGGUAACUGUUGGUUGUACUACCGGUGUUUGUCUAUUGUUUGAAGCUGAAAGUUUACAAUUUAUAGCUAAACUUCCUUUACCUCAUACGUUGGGUUCUAGUUUGCAACUUUUUCCAGAAGUUAUCUCAAGCGGGUUGAAUGUAAAUGAAUCUAUUUACCCUGAUAUUAUUGCAAUUAAAUUGGAUUGUAUACGUAAUCGUAUAAUUUGUUUUUAUAAUGAUCAUAGUAUUCAUGUAUGGGAUAUGCAUGACUUAACAACAAUCAAUAAAUGUCGGUCGCAUUAUUACCAUAGUCGAGGUAUUUGGUCAGUGGAUUGUUUACCGGAACAAUGGCGACAGAAUAAUGAUAACAAUAAUAUUAAUAAUACGAUUCCAUUAAAUCAUUUACCAUCUUGGUGGUCAAAUGAUAUGUUUGUUACAUGCUCUGAUGAUGGAACUAUUCGAUUUUGGAAUCUUCCUGCAAAUCGUCAGUCGACAACAAAUAGUCUUACUGAUAAUGGAAUUAGAUUGUCAACAAGUGUUCCAGCUAAUUCAGAAUUUAUAGGAUCUACAACGUUCGAAUGUACAGAACAACUUGCUGGCAUUAUAUACACCGAUCCAAGUCUAAAAUAUCUAUGUACUAGUGAUCGUUCUUCAAUUGAAAUUACCUUGUCUAAAUUAGAAGGUGGGAUAGGCCUGUUAGGUGGACCAGGUUUUGUACCUGGUACAAAUGAUCUGGGACAGAUUGAUUCUGCACUUCAAUCACCUGCAUCACCAUCACGUCCAUCAAUCAGUGAACAUUUUCAGUUGAUUUCUAGUUUAACGUCUUCAUCUAAUACUGUUGGUUCUUGUAAUACUAAUAAUAAUAAUAGUAGUAGCAGUACUACUGCUACUACCACUAUCGGAUCAAAUGGUGUUCGUACCAUUUGUAUUAGUCCUGAUGGUCGUCAUUUAGCAGCUGGUGAUCGUGAUGGUAGUCUACGAGUUUACUCUUUGGAGACAUUGAAAUUAUGUUAUCAAAUACCUGCUCAUGACAAUGAAAUUCUAUCGUUGAAUUUCUUUCAAUCAUAUUCAGUACCUCAACUUUUAUUGUUAUGCUCUGCAUCACGUGAUCGUAUGAUUCAUAUAUUUGAUCCGAAUAAAGAAUAUUCUCGUGUACAAACAAUAUCUGAUCACUCAGGUGCUAUAUUUUCUGCAAAAAUUAUUGAAACAGAUGAUGGUGAAAUUCGUUUAAUCUCUUGUGGUAUGGAUAAAUCAUUAUUAUUUAGAAUACUUGAACCUGAUGAAUCCGGUCAAACAGCACAUUUUGCACUUGAACAUCAUUUAGUUGGACGUCAUUCUCAAUUAGACGCUGCUAUUACACCAAUGUUACCUAGUUCAAUAGAAAAUCGAAUAAAUUCCACGAAUCGAAAACGUUAUUUAGCCGUUGCAUGUCAAGAUAGAAGGUUACGAAUUUAUAAUGUUGUCACUGCACGUCCUAUACGAUGUUAUCGUGGAAGUUAUACUGAAGAUGGUUUUCUAGUUCGUUGUUCAAUUGACCCAACUGGAUCACUUAUUGCAACUUCAGGUUCAGAUAAACAGUUGAAUAUAUUUCAUUUACUCACGGGUGAAUCAAUCGCUACAUUAUACGGUCAUUCAGAAAUGUGUUUAGGCUUAAAAUUUCUGCCUAAUCUACGUUAUUUAAUAUCGGUUAGCGCUGAUAGUUGUAUAUUUGUUUGGCGUUUAUCAACAAAUUUAGCACAAUAUUUACAUGAACGUAUCACUACAUCAUGUAUGUUGAAAAAUAUAUUGGGCAAUUCCAUUAGUUAUCCUCAAUUAGAUGGAAUUCCAUUAGAAAUGACGAAUACAAGACUAAAAAGUGGUAGAGAAGAUAGCCAUGGUUUGUUAAAUAUUAAUUGUUCCGAUUAUUCUCAUAUUCUUAAUGAUGAUAAUGUUGAUGUUGACACUAAACGAAAUAUGACAUCUCGAAAAUAUACUAGUAAACACAACAACAGUAAUAAUAAUGAUGACGGUGUUCUAAAUGAUUGUAACAGUAUGUUAUACAACAGUGAAAUGAAUGAAUAUGAGAAUGAUGUUGACGAUGAUAAUGAUCUCGAUAACUAUGGUGAUGAUGAUGAUAAUGACGUAACAUCAUUUAGUCAAACAAUGCCUCCGUCUGAAUGGAAUGAAUCACUCGCAGAAUAUGAUAAAAUUGAGAACUUGGAUGAUGAUGAUGAUGAUGAUGAUGAGAAUGCCGAUGAUGAUAAUCAUGGGGAAGAUAGUGAAUUUGACGCGUUUCCUUUAGACGAUGUAUUAUCAGUUAAUGUUACAAAUCCUGUUACUUUUCAAAUGAAUCAUUUGAUGAAUAAGCGUAUUGUAAUGAAACAUAAAUCUGUUGUCGACAAUAAUAAUAAGAAUAUUUUGUCUGCCAAUCACUUGAUUAAAUCUCAAGUUUCCUCUUCCACUACUACUACUACUACUACUAAUUGUAGUGGUGGUAGUAGUGCAGCUACAAAUUCCGUCAAUCAAAAUAGUAAUGACAAUGAUAUUAAUGGCAGUAGUAGUAAUCGUAAUGCGGGAAAGAAGCCGGAAUUCUAUUUUAGUGUUAGCGCACUUCCAGCUUGGGCACGUAGAAAGCUGAGUCGUCGUGAAUCAGUGACCAUUACCCCAACCUCUUUGACACAGGUUUUGAAUAGUGAAUUUGACGUGAAUGGAUCAGAUUCAGCUAGUCAAACCUCUGUAGGAAGUGGUCCAAUAUUGCCUGUAUCGACUAGAUGUUCUGGUUCCCAUGAAACAAUACCUAACUGUGUUUAUCCAUUGUCAUCAUCAGUCACAGCAGCAAACAGAAAAUCAAAAUUUACUCGUGUUCGUGGCAAAACAUCAACUGACGACAUUUCUAAAAGAGAUAUAUUAACACCAGUGUCUUGUGCUACCACUACUACUGUUGUAUCAUCAUCUGUUUCACAAUCGACAAUCUCAACCAAUAACCAUAAUCAUACACUUCAUUCACAAAUGUCUCGAUCAGAAUACAACACUAGAGAAUAUUUUCAUUUUCAUCCGAAUGAUGAAAUCAAUUCUAACGAACAAAUAAUUCAUGAAAGAAAAAACAAUUGGUUUACGCGUGCUGUUUCCGCUCCGGACACACCUCGUUCUUGGAAAAAGGAUGCUUAUAGCGUAGAUAAUAAACGAAAUAUGGUAACAACAGGAUUAACAGCAACAACGACUACUACUAUAAGAACACGGAAGAUAAUUGACAGUUCUGCCAAAAAACUUUAUCCUACUCAAAGAACUGUGGAAGCAUCUUCCAUCAAUCGAGUCUCUACGCAAAAUAGACCUAAGGACUUGGCUUUAGAACAGUUCACACCACCAACACAUACCUAUGAAGUUUGUGCUAAUCGAUUAUUAAUAAAUGAGUCGAUUGCUGGUGGAGAUUGUCCGAACGCAUUGCCAUUAUUUAACAGACCUAAAAAUAAAUCAUCUCAACAACGGUCUUACUCGGCUACACAACUAAUUCCCUCAAGUUCUCCUACACAACAUAAUCCUCCUCCUUCUACAAUUGUUGAUGAUUCUGUUAGUCUAUAUUCAACAAAUAGUUUACAUCAUUUUCUUGAUGAUACGAAUGCGAAUCGUGCUUUGAAUUACAAUUAUGGUGAUCGUUGUCAACAGCGUAAUCAGUUGAAGGAUUUACGUGCUUCUGUGGAUAUAACUUCAAAGGCUUUAUUGAUGUCAUCAAAAUCAUCAUCAGGUUAUCAUGAUUCGAAGAAUCGUUUACUUGCUGUCAAAAAAUAUUCUUCGCAAUAUCUUACUAACACGCAAGAGACAAAUUCUCGAAUGAACAGUGAAUCUGUGCCCAGGAGCUCAACACAUAAUCUAAACUCAACUUUGUCUCAAUUUCAACCAGACGAUUUGGAUUCAUGUAGGUCAGCUGUCGAAUCACUUCAUGCUCUUCGUGUAGCCUUAGAUUUGGCUAUUAGUCGAUUAGCUAAAUUAUCUUGUUAUAAUCAUAAAAGUGAAGAACACACAAAUCUAUGUCAAAUUGUUACUGAACAACUUGAAUGGAGAUUUUCACGUUUACGUGCUAUGCUUGGUCUAUCACCAGUUUGUGUUGAAGCACCAGUGGCUCGUGUAUUAAUUGCAGAUAUUGUAGAACGCUUAAUUCCAGAGUUAAAAUCAGCUUCUUCAAUGCUAGACAGUGCAGACGCUUUAAACAGCAAUACUAAUAUUGACAAUGUAGAUAUUGAUAAUCCAGAUAAUCAAGUAAACAUUGAAAAUAAAUCACAAUUCCAAAAAGCAAUGAAUUUGUCCGAUACUUCUGGAUAUAAGAUGACCGAAAUGAAUGACAAUUCAACUAUCACCAAUCAUAAAACUGUGAAUAUUAUUAAUCGCGAUGGUUAUAUUGACAAUAAUAAUAAUAAAUCGAGGGAUGGGAAAAUGAGGAACGAAAUUCAUUAUAAAGAACAUGAUGAUGAUAAUGCUGAUCGUGACGACAAUGAUGAUAUUCAUGAAACAUUUAUACAAGAAAAUAAGACUCUCGAAACUAUCUGAAGAAAAAGUUACCAUACUUCGGUCUUUCUGUACUUGUUUUUUUUCUGUUAAUUUUGUAUUUAUUGUUUUUAUUCGACGUUUUUUUUAAUGAAAUAACAACUCUAUUAAUGGUGUGUACAUACUACUUAUUUUUCAUUUUAUUAUUGAAUUCAAUAAACUUUUCACUAUUUGAAUUUUUUUCUAAUUAUCAAAUAUUGGACAAACGGAAACAAACACUUUUUGAAAUAUAAUAUAGCAGAUACUACUUAUAUGCAUUUAGCGCCUUUUUUCAAAAUCUUAUUCAGCGUAAUUUGUCAAGAGUGAAUAUAACUUGUUUUGGUGUGUAAGUAUAGUGUUACCUAUAAUAUCGCGUUUCAUUGGAUAACUGUUGAUUGGCCAUACUACUACGACUACUACUGAUAAUAAUAAUAAAAUUCACAAUCCUUUUACCUAUUUAUUGACAUGUUCAUGUACAUAUAUAUAUAUAUAUAUAUAUAUAUAUAUAUAUAUAUAUAUGCGCACAAUGUUACGCUUACUAUUCUCUCAAAUUGUCGUCAAAAAAAGCCUUUAAUUUUCUUCCUGUAAUACUCACUAUGUUUAUUCUUAGUUGUUAUUUGGAUGCAUUUCAUUGUGAAUUGAUAAAGUACAUUAUGUACACAGUGAACAAAUAAUCUUUAUCUUUGCAUGUUUACCAACUUACAUCCGUCGGUUUAAUCAACUAGACAUAAUGUUAAAUAUACCCUGCCAUUAUUUCUGUUUUGUAUACAUAUAUAUAUUUCUUUUAUAUUUUGUUUAGUUCUAAAUCAAUAUUUUUAUUUAUUUAUUUAUUAUCUCUUUUUAAAGAAUUUUCUUUACCUAAACUUUCAACCUAACUGAAUACUGUUGUGUAUGUAUAUACUUAGUAACUUUUUUUCAGUACACUACCGUUUCGUAUUUGUAUCUGUGUAUAUGUGUAAGUUGACUAUAUGUAUUUGCAUAUACAUAUUGAAACCUCCUUCGAUUGCUUACUUUAUCCACUCUUCUUUGUUUCUGAUUUAAUUACUUAAUAAUAACUAUCUAUUCAUUGAAAUUAUUGGGGAUUUAUUUCUCAAUGAUGAUUUGUAGAGAAAAAAACUUACUGAUGUACACACAUACAUUAGUAAUUUUAUAAUUAUAUUUUAAAAAGAAGAAAAAACGAAUUAUAAUAGGAGAUAUGUGUUUUCUUUCAUGAAAAUCAUAGUAAUUAUAAUAUAUAUAGAAACAAUUUCUUCUAUUUGAAUAUUACUAAGUGUGUAAUCUUCGCCAACGUCCUGGAUUUCUGGUAAGUCUUGUCGAUUAAACGCUAUAUUCGGAUCCUAAGGUAGUCUUGUACCCCUAGCUGUAAGCUAGAGCUACACAGCGACUUGAACACGAGAGAAAAGGCACAAAAUAUGCGGGAAGCAAUUUACUCCAAAUGUUCAUUUAUGUACAGAAAAUAAAAAGGGUUUUUA